CGUUAAGAUGUGCAACUUAGAAGUAGUCAGAGGUAACUGGAUGGAGUUCAGUCAGGUUAAAUGGACGGUUGAUUGGAUUAUAUCUGAAGAUCGUAUGCUAUUCGUGACAACUCUGCUAGACUCCAAAUUUCUCAUCCAAUAAAUGCGGGAGUAUCUCAAAGUAAAUGAAACAUCUAAACUUAACACUUUUUCCCUAAAACGGACUGACAUGGGAAACAUUAAAGUUGGAUUGACACCAGCUAAUCAGUCUGAAGGAAUCACAGAACCAGAAGGGAGACCACUGAGGAGGAGUUCUGUAAGUUCACUGGUGACCUCAGCUGUCAAGUUCCUGGAUGUGGGUAUGCUGCACAAAACUUCACAACUCUCUGUGCCCAUCUCAGAUUUCACAUCAAAGACGGGAAAAAAGUACUAAGUCCAUUUGAAGGUUGCUCUAAAUACUUCAGUGUCCGAACAUCAUUUUCCAGCCAUAUUUCUCGAAAACAUAAGCAGACAGUUCAGCAGUCAAGGCAACAAGAAAUUGGUGAAAUUGCCAUAAUACAAGGACAGGACACAGUUAAUCUAUUAGAAGACAGGGAUUCACAGCACAAUACUACUGAUGAAGAUUUAUCUCUAGAUCGAUUGGCUUUAUUUUAUUUAAAAAUGCAGGCUAAAAUGCUCUUGCCAACCAGCACUAUACAGUGCAUCAUAGAGGAAUUUCAGGAUCUUCACAGCUGUGCAGUGCACGAUGUUCUGGCAAAACUGUCUGACAAACUGUCUGUAUUUAAUAUUCCACAGGCAGAAGUGGAUAACAUCAUUCAGGAACUUUCACAGAAUGAUCUCUUAACACUGUACAAUAAAGAUGUGUUGAGAUCUGACAAAACAAGGAAGACAUUUUUCAAAGAAAAUUUCAGUUAUGUGGAACCCACUCAAAUUUUUUUAGGAUCUGACAGUACAGGCAAACAGCGUUAUUUUCAGUAUGUACCAAUUAAAGAAACACUGAAGUCUCUCUUGAGACAACCCACAAUACGGGAACAGUACAAACAGUCAAAACUACGCCGAUCACCAGACAUGGUUUUAGAGGAUGUGUCAGAUAGUCAAAAUGUCAAGGAUAAUGCACUUUUACAGCACUAUCCAUCAUCUCUGUCACUCAUUCUCUACCAAGAUGCAUUUGAAGUGGUUAAUCCAUUAGGGUCUGGCAAAAAGAAACAUAAAAUCCUGGCAGUGUACAUGACUCUAGGUGAGAUCUUGCCAUACAACCGGUCCUCUGUUGAUGCAAUGCAACUUGUUCUGCUUUGCAGGAACACUGACUUCAAAACUUUUGGCCAUGACAAAGUUUUUUUCCCGUCUUAUUGCAGACCUUAAAGAUAUGGAAGAGACAGGGGUUCUGGUAGAGGAUGGAACCAUAAUGAAGGCAGCUUUGAUAGCCAUCUUAGGAGACAAUCUGGGUUCCCGCUGCAUAGGUGGUUUCACUGAGAAUUUCAGCUGCGGCAAACAUUUUUGCAGAUACUGCUUAAUCAACAGGGAAAGCUUUAUCAAUGAUCCACUAUCACUUGGACAAAAGAGAACAGAUGAUAACUAUAAAGACAGUGUUGAGGUCCUCUCUACAAGUGACUACUCGGUUGUGAAUGGCAUUAAAUUUGACUCUGUGUUUAAUUCACUGAAGUACUUCCAUGUGUGCUCUGGGUUACCUCCAUGUUUGGGCCAUGAUUUAUUUGAAGGAGUGGUUUCCAGUGCCUUUUCGCUAUAUAUUGAUACCCUUGUGCAAGUGGAAGGGCAUUUCACAUACAACCAGUUAAACAGAGCAAUUGUACAGUUCAAACACGUAGGAAGUGAUGCUUUAAGUAAGCCAUGUGAGGUGAAACCAGGGCAGAGGCUGGGGGGUUCAGCAGCACAGAACUGGUGUCUUCUACGACUUCUGCCUCUGUACAUUGGUGAAAAGAGAAAACAUCCUGUGGAUGGUGAGGUUUGGCAGUUAUGCCUUAAACUUAGAGACAUUGUUGAUCUUGUAUGUGCCCCCAAGAUAAGUCACAAUGACAUUGCCUACCUAAAGAUACUGAUAGAGGACUAUAUACAUCUGAGACACAGUAGGUUUCCUGACAAAGCUUUAAAAGCUAAACAUCACUAUUUGUUACAUUAUGCAGAGCUUAUCCUUCACUUUGGACCACUCAUUCGUUUGUGGACCCUUAGGUUUGAGAGCAAGCACUCGUAUUUCAAAGCAUGUACAAGAACAGUGCACAACUUUGUCAACUUAUGCAAGACUCUGACAGAACGGCAUCAGUUACUGCAGUCCUACCUCUGAGUGGGCCAACUGUUUCCACCUACAGUUCAAAUCACUGGAGAAGCAAGUGAUUAUAAUCAUCAUCUUUACAAUGCUGUCAUUCAAGAAGCUGUGGCAAAAGCCGGCUGCACUAAUCAGACCACUUUGGAUGUGUCAGCAGUUGUCUACAAAGGGAUGGAGAUUGAAGAGGAACUCACAAGCCUCCUGCCGACACUAGACAGAGAGAAAAUAAUCUGCAUUGUAGAACAUCUGACGGACGUUAUCGGCGUACAACAAAAAAGUGACCUUUUGUUUGUGGAGGCGGAAGAUCUCAAACCCUUUCUCACACCAAUUCAAAUACGUAAACUACUUCUUGCAUUUAAAGGAGAUGGCAACAGACCAGAGAACCUGAAUGACACCAUUACUCUGGAGCCAUGCCCUGCUGCAUCAGCUGAAACAUCAAGCCAUCCACCUCACCCCUCCUCCUCCACGUCCACCACUAUGUACAACCAUUACUCCAGCUCUUGGGUCUCACACUUACAGAUUCCUUGGGAAAGAUUUCCACUCCGACUGUCGCAUGCAAUCACAAGAGGAGACAGAGCUCAUCCAGAGGACAGGAGAAGUAUGGUCAGAAUUGUUGUGGAGGCCAUGCAAGUUCACUGCACGAACCCUAAACGUGCAUCUUGUGAAGAAGUUGCUAAAAUCAUUGUAAACAGAUACCCUCAGACAUUUGCAGAUUUUACUGACAAGGGAGAAAGACUGGGUUGUGGACAUUAUUCACUACUAAGAAGCAUCAAAUCUAGAGUUGAACAUGUUAAUCGAGAUAAUACAACACAUAGACUUCGUCAAACAAAGAGAACCAGGAAUGAGGAAGACUGCAGUCCCAACAGUAGUGCAACCUCACCUAAAAAAGUUAGAUGCCUUGUUGAUAGCUAUGGUUGUAUAAAUUGGCAGCCAGUUGACCUUCCUGAGGGGGAAACGCCAGCUUCUUUAGAGGAAAAGAAGCACAUCUUGUUAACAGUUUUUAAUUCAGAAGGACCUGGAGCUGUGGAGAGACCUGAUGUGGAUGACUUCAUGUGCCUCACAUAUAUUUCUCAGCGGCAGCUUAUCAACAGUUGUCCCUCACUUUCAGUAGCUGAAAUUCAGGAGCAGUGGCCAUUCUUAUUUACUCAGAAAGGUCUUUCGAACCACUUUUACAAACUCACAGGCAUCGAUAUCAGUGAGCGCUUAGGUCAGGCCCUCAUAACCAAAGGCAGAAGGAUUAUUAACUAUUUCUCCAGCCAGAAGCUCAAAUGGAACCUUGGUAUAAGGACACUCAUCCAGCAGAUAGAAAGUGAGGGAGUUUUGACCAACAACAAGGUUGGCACAGCAGCCAUACUUCUCAUGAUGAAGUAUUACAAGGAAGAUGAAGACUCCCUCUUUGUCUUAGCAGAUGAAACAUCUACCAGGAUGUCCCUUGAAGCAGAGAGCAACCUGCCAAUCACUCCAAGGCUGAUUAUGCUUGGACAAAGUUUAAUGACCACCACCUGCUGGAUGGUGAGUGCAGAGGGGCGUGUAAUUGUUGAGCUGGACAAAGAGAACACCUUUGCUGAUGCGAUGUCAGUCUUCUUUGGUUCAUUCUAUGUAUUGAACCUGGAAUACCAGGAGUCAGCGUGUGCAACAUUGGAACUAAUUCAGAGGUUUUUUGUAAGGAUAAACCCUGAAGAGGGAACAAAAUGUACCUCCAAGGUUGGGACAAGCAGAAGGACUGGGACCAUUGUGAAGCGAAAGAUGAUCCAUGGCCCAUGCUUUCUGGACAUUUACACAAGACGAACAACAAUGAAGACGAGCUCUCUCGCCAUCUUGCAAGACGCUGUCUCUGUCCAAUAGGUUUUUUUGAGUGCAACAGUUUUGAUUUUUUUUUUCCUCCUUUUACCCGUUUGUUGAAAAUUAUUUCAGCUACUUACACUUUAAUUGUCACAUGUAUUGGCUCACCCUACAAAUCAAUGAACUCAGUCCACAAAGCAAGAUCAGGGUUCAGUGCAGGUCAGUCAAGUUCCUUCACACCACACAUGCUCAUCCAUUUCCUUGUGGACCCUGUUUUGUGCAUUGAUUUGGUGGUGUGAGCCAGUAUUUUGGUUAAAGUGUAUAUAAAGGUGGGGCUUGAUAUUAUAUUCAUUACAAUUCAGUUUAUUUGUAUGGUGCCAACAAAAUGACUGCCAAGGCACUUCACAUUGUAGGUUUAAGACCCUACAAAAUAUAACUGAGGAACCUAACACUUGAGCAUAUGUUGUCUGCCAUGAUAUGGAUAUGACAUAUCGUUUUUGUUUGUACAACCAUAUGAGAAAAUAAUGGCUUACAUGGUUUAUUAAAAAGCUUCCUCAAUGAAAAUGUUUUCAGUUCUUUUCAGUUUUUGAUUGUGGGAAUGUGUAUUUCAGCAGGGAAAAAUCAGAACAGAAAUAAAAAGUGGUGUGAAGCACAUG